AAAAGAGUGAAAGAGAGAGAAAAAUAAAAAUGGCUGCUAAUGUCAUGACUUCCCUUCCACAGUUCACUGGGCUUAAGUCCCAAUUUGUCUCAGGCUCUCAACUGAAAAACUUGGCGGCUGCUCAGCCCAUGAGGCCCAAAGGGCGGAGAGCUUCGGGCGCUCGUUGCGACUUCAUUGGCUCGUCAACAAAUUUGAUCAUGGUUACAUCAACAAGCCUGAUGUUGUUCGCGGGCCGGUUUGGGCUGGCCCCAUCAGCAAACCGGAAGGCUACAGCUGGGCUGAAGCUGGAGGCGAGGGAUUCGGGCCUGCAGACGGGCGAUCCAGCAGGCUUCACUCUGGCGGAUACAUUGGCCUGUGGAGUUGUGGGCCACAUCAUCGGGGUUGGGGUUGUGCUAGGCCUCAAGAACAUUGGCGCAAUCUAGAUUGUUGUUGUGUUAUUUGAUAAAAUCAUCUAUUGUGAAUCAUUUUAUUUUAAACAUCUUAGCUCCCUCUCUCUCUUAGAACAACACAAUAAAAAUAAAGCAUAUAUCCACAUAAUUUAGGGCAAUUCUAAGGCCUCAUUUACUGUGGGAUGAGAUAUGAUAGGAUAAUGAAGCUAAAUUUACAUGUCAGCAAAUAGUCCCAUAAUUAUUUUGUGGGAUAAUUGUAAAAAAUUGUAGAUAGUGCGUGGGAUCCGCAUUGUAAAGAAUGGGAUAAUUGUAUCCGGCCUCAACCCACGGGAUACAUUUUAUCAGCAAAUUGAAGAUAGUGUCUGGAACCCGCAUGCCACAUGAGUGUUAAAUAAGAUGAGUCAUAUCCCUUUCAUAUAAAGUAAACAAAUGAUAUGUGUUGACAAAUUUAUUUAUCGUAUCAUAUCACUGAAAGUAAACGAGG